UUAGUGUCAAUCUGUGUCAAACUUAAAUACGUAUAUUUUGUUCAUUUAAAUGAACUAUCGAUACAAGGUUUAGAGAUUAUAACCGGCCGUUCCCUCUAAGUUGCAACCUUUCCCAUUUAGGAGAAUCCUACUGUGGUCUCUUUGUAUCUAUUUCUGACAGGAGAGCUGGUUUGUGUAUAAUGCUAAUGUGUCCUUUCAUUUACAGACAGUGUUGUGCGGACUCAAGCGAAAAAAUGUGAAACGAAUAGACAAAGCAGGCAGGAUGCACAAUUUCAGUAAGGAGGUCCAGAGACUGAACGACGAAGCCGUGGAGACCCUCAUUCCCGCCAUUGUCUUCAUCGUACUUCUCAUGGUCAUAGGCGUCAUCGGAAACCCCAUCGUGGUCUAUUUCUAUGGCUUCAAACUGAAGCCGACUCCAUCGUACUUGUUCAUAGUGGCUCUGGCGGUGUUCGAUUUUCUUGUUUGCACUGUUUCCAUGCCCCUGGAGCUCGUCGAUCUGAUUCGUUUUUAUACUUUUGAAAGCACAGAGGCUUGCAAACUUUUACGAUUUAUCAACUAUCUUAUUGCUAUAUCUAGUGGAUGCAUUCUGAUAGCAAUUGCCGUCGAUCGUUACAGAAAAAUAUGCAGGCCGUUCGAAUCUCAGAUCACCAUGAAAAUGGCCAAGAUAAUAAUACCGUGCGUGUUAUUCGGAUCUGUGUGCAUUUCCUGGCCUAGCUUUGUAUUUUACUCCGUUGUGGAGGUUAACCUGACAGAAAUUAGCGGAGCAAUAGGACAGGACUGUACGACAAUUCGGGACGAAUCUUACAAGUUUUACAUAACUCUAUACAAUGGCAUUUUAUUUCUUUGCUUUGUCACGGCCAUCACAUCGUUAACUGUCCUAUACUGUCUUGUUGGGAGACAGAUUUUUAACUUGAGAAGUUUUCGAUUUUAUGCGCAACGGAAAAAAGUGAAGUCGGCCAAGCGACCAAGAAGCAGCACAACGCAAUACACAGAUGAAACAAGGGUAGCUGGAUCCUUUUUGUCAAAAUCAACAGACAUUGGUGAUUAUGACGAAAUAACCUUGCCGCCCAGUAGAGGGAGCAGUAGACCGACAACUGCAACCGGUAUAGCUUUUAUAACGAGUAAAGUGGCGCCAUCACCGGAAAGGUUCGAGAUGGACGUUCCCAAAACCAACAACGGAAAUCUUCGCAUUUCCAAAAGUCUUCACAACGCUUUAAAAAUGGACGAAGUGUCAGUUCCCACUAGAUCGAACUCUGCGUUAUCAGGAAGAACCCGGUAUGAUUUCGAUGAUAACGCAAGAAAUGGAUUGGCUCGAACAAACGAGCUGUUGAGACAUAUCCAAGUUCGCGAAUCAACAAGAGUGUCAUUUGCUGACGAAGAUACGCCAAGGAGUAUUGCAACAACAGUAGAAAGUGGAGCAACAAGAGAUGCGCAUGGCACCGCUAGUAUAGAUCAGAAAAAGUUACAUGCUCAAAACGUUAACACAAAGAAGUACACAAUCGUCAUGCUUUCUAUUACGGCUGCUUUCGUCAUCAGUUUCUUGCCCUAUUUAAUUCUGAUGACUUGGAGGACACUCUCAAAAGAGUAUGAACCGAAUCUCUUUUCCAAGUCGGAAAUGGUAGCUUUUCAAAUUUUCAUUCGAUCGUUUCUGAUAAACAGUGCGGCUAACCCUCUAAUAUACGGCUUUCUUAAUACUGAGUUCCGGAACUUUGUGAUAGCAUGUAUUUGUUGCCGAAAGUAUGUAGGACCACCAGGGUCCCGAGGAGAGACAAGUGGCCAUUCUAGGUCCUCGUGAUUUGCAUAAAAACUGUUUUUUAUAGAUAGUACUAAAACAUUUUGAAUAUAGCAAUUUUUUAUUCGCUCAAUAUAGAAGUUUUAUUGAGUUUGAUACUUUUGUUGUCUUGUUAGUAUUUAAUUUAAAAUAAUUUGAUGUAAAUAGGUUAUAAAUGCACUUUUUUAGCUUGUGAUAGCAUAUUUCUUUUACAAAAUUGUCGAUUUAUUUAAUCAAUUAAAUUGUUAAAUGUUAAUUUCAUUAUAGUUAAAUAAAAAUCGUUUAAGUUUUUAAUUUUAACUAAAAGAAAGCCAAAAAAAAAAAACCAAACAAACAAAAAACAUUUCUUUGUAGAAGCAUCAAUAUUUAUAAACAUACGAAUGAAUUACAAAAGUGUCCAUACUUUCGAAAUUGAUAACUGAGUUUUUGGUUUGUUUGGUUUUUUUUUCAAAAAGCGUGCUACGAAUGCCUUGUAUGUUGAGUAUGCUCACGUUAAGAGGCGCCUCCGCAAAUAAAGGAUUUGCAAAUAAAUUUUAAUUCUGAAGCGAGAGGUCUAAUUUGUGGGAUUAGGUACGCUCAAAGACCGGAAUCCUGAUUAAUUCUUAACAAAACGAAAACCUGUGACAAAAGCUAGAGGAUUUGUUUUCCUUUUUAUAAGUUUAAAGGGAGAGUUUGGUUUUAUGUAUUGUAGUUUUUCGUUACUGGUCAAAGAAUUCUUGUAUUGUAAUACAUAGUUAGAUAUUUGUAUAUAUAGGCAUGCUAGAUAUGUGAUAUAAUUCAUGGAAUUCUUUAUAAACUAAAGAAAAAUUCAAAAAGUACCGGUUUUCUUUGUUUUUGAAAUCAUUAAUUUGGAAAACGAGGGAGAUUUGUCAAUUACGAAAAAAGUGAAGAUUAAAAAAAGUUUAAAAAGUUAUUAUGUUUAUAUAGAAAGGAAUCCAUUACUUAGCUUUUAUAUCAGUUUCUUUACAUCUUUGCCUGAAAAUCAAAAUUAAUUUUUAACAAUGGAUCAAUGAAUUUUUCAACAUUUUUGUUGACAUGAGUAAUCAGUACCGCUUUAAAAUUAACGAGAGCAAACUUCCAUUCUGAACUUAAAAUUUCGUUUUUAUACUGGUAUUUUUUUUGUCCCUGGAGUCUAUUGGUAGAAAAUGAUUGAUUGAAUGGACUGUGUUCAUUAACAUUGUAUGAUAAUUCAUUUAAGUAUUUUUACCCUUUCUAUGUACUCCAAAUUUGGAAAGAAUAAUGUCGUAGAGCAGUAAAUAAUAAAGCUGAAUUUAUACGCUAUAAAUGAAGGCCAAAAACAAAAUCCUGUUAGAGAUACAAGAGUUAACUCCCAUUCCAUCCGACACUUUCAUAUACUACAAAUUUCUUGACUUGUACA